AGAAUCCAUGGAUAUCCUUUCCAGAAAAACAGGCCAGGAAAAUCUAGAAAUUGUAAUUGACAUAUACCCUUAAAGCUCCUCAGUUACCAUGGGUGAAGACAAGAAAAUACAUCUCAAGAGAGAACUUGGAUAUUUCUGGGGCACAAGUUUUAUAAUUAUUAAUAUAAUUGGUGCAGGGAUUUUUGUGUCUCCCAAAGGAGUGCUGGAGCACUCUGCCAUGAAUGUGGGGAUCUCUCUGUGUAUCUGGGCAGCCUGUGCAGUAUUAUCCUUAACAUUCAGUCUCUGCUCUGCAGAGAUAGGUAUAACCUUUCCAUAUAGCGGAGCUCAGUACUGUUUCAUCAAGAGAUGCUAUGGCCCCUUAGUUGCUUUCCUGAGACUUUGGACGAACUUGUUUACUGGGGCGGGGAUAGUCGCAAGUCAAGCCCUGCUCCUUGCUGAGUACAGCAUCCAGCCUUUUUUCCCCAGUUGCUCUGUCCCAAAGCUACCCAUGAAAUGCAUGGCCCUGGCCAUGCUGUGGGUAGUGGGAAUUCUGAAUUGUCGUGGUGUGAAAGAGGCGACUUGGCUUCAGGCAGUGAGCACGAUGAUAAAAGUGAGCAUCCUCAGCCUCAUUUCCCUCAGUGGAAUGUUCAUGCUGGUGAGAGGAAAGGCAGAGAAUGUAGGAAGGUUGCAGAAUGCUUUUGAUGCCGAAGUUCCAGCUGUUUACCAGAUAGUUGAAGCCGUCUUCCAAGGAUAUUUUGCAUUUUCAGGAGGGGGAUGCCUUACAAAUGUAGCAGGAGAGCUGAAGAAACCCAGAGUGACAAUUCCCAAAUGCCUGUUUACAGCAUUUCCUGUGGUGACUGUGCUCUAUUUACUGGUUAACAUUUCCUACAUGACUGUUUUGACGCCCAGGGAAAUUCUUUCUUCAGAUGCUGUGGCUAUCACAUGGACUGAUAGAGUUAUCCCCCAAUUAACAUGGUUUAUUCCUUUUGCUAUUUCUGCCUCAUUGUUUAGCAAUCUUCUGACUAAUGUGCUUCAAACAUCACGAAUGCUAUAUAUUGCUGGUCAGCAAGACCAGUUGCCUUUAUUAUUCAAAACACUGAAUAUUCACUCCUCUCCACUGAUAUGUGUGUUAUUAAAUAUCAUAAUGGGAUCCAUUGCAAUUGUCGUGACAAACCUAAUUGAACUGAUAAACUAUCUUUACUUUGUGAUUUCCAUUUGGACUGUACUGUCAAUGAUAGGAUUACUAAAACUGAGAUACCAGGAACCCAACCUACACAGACAUUUUAAGGUCUUGACGCCAUUCAUACUCAUAACCAUGGCCAUCAACCUGAGCAUGGUUUUGAUACCUCUGGUAAAGUCUCCAAAGAUGCAUUAUAUCUAUGUACUUCUAUUUCUUUUCAGUGGACUACUGUUUUACAUACCUUUAACAUACUUUAAACUGAAGUUGGUUUGGUUUGAAAAACUGACUUGCUAUCUACAACUAUUCUUUAAUGUUUGUAUCCCUGAUAAAUCCAAUGAACAGAUAUAAAAAGAAGAAGAAACUUUUUAAAAACAACCUAAAUACAUGCCAAGUUCCAAAUGAAGAUUAAGUACAUGGUAGAAUAUUAAUUGUGAAAUUCCCUUAGUAACUUUCUCAAAUGAAAUAGUGUAUAUAAAAGUGCCCAGAUCAGUAGCUAUCUUUAAAAUCACAAAUAAAUUGUUCUGUGUAACUAAAGCUUUAUUCUUAUUAGUAAAAACCGUGAGUCUGUUUGACUAGCUUGAUAUUUUGAUGUUGUCUCUCUCAGCCUUCCCUUUUUUCUGCAUUUCAUCUGUAUUUUUUUAAAUUGAAUUUGUGGUGCUCUUACAAUAAAAGUUAACCACUAAAAAGAAAA